AAAACAUCCUGCGGGUUAACAAAACAAAAAAAAAAACAACAAAGUCAAGAACAGAAGAGAAGAGAGAAACAUGAAGCAGUUGAGUUGAUCAACGGUUCAGAAACAGAGGCAAAAAAUGGAGAAAGUAAUGAACAUAAUAAAGCCAAAGGCAAAUCCACAGCAACAACUCAGAGAUUGGCAGCGCAGGCUACGCCAAGAGUGCCGCAACAUCGAGCGUCAAAUCCGAGAUAUACAGAGAGAAGAGAAAACUGUACAAAAAGCAAUUAGAGAUGCUGCUAAAAGAAAUGAUAUGGUCUCAGCCAAGGCACUUGCCAAGGAAAUUGUGAUGUCUAGAAGAACAGUAAACCGUCUUUAUGAAAAUAAGGCACAGAUGAAUUCAAUAUCAAUGCAUCUUGGAGAAAGUGUCGCGAUUGCCCGUACAGUGGGCCAUUUGUCCAAGAGUGCUGAGGUUAUGAAGCUUGUCAAUGAUCUCAUGAAGGCUCCAGAUGUGGCUGUUACGAUGCAAGAGUUCAGCAAAGAAAUGACCAAGGCAGGGGUGAUUGAGGAGUUUGUGAAUGAUGCCCUUGACAGUGCGCUGGAUUCGGAGGAUAUGGAAGAGGAGAUUGAAGAAGAAGUUGACAAGGUAUUGACUGCUAUAGCUGGCGAGACUGCAGCAGAGCUACCAGCAGCAGUCAGGAAGGAGAGAGUGAAGCAAUCUGCCCAGAUGGAAGAGGAAGAAGCUAUAGCUGAGGGUGUUGAUGAUGAGGGUGAACUCGAAGAAAUAAGGGCACGACUUGCCAGCGUUAGAUCAUAAAUCAAAGUGUUACACCCCUUCAUCUGUCCCAUGUAUUAUUAGAGAAGGAUGGUGAACUCAUUAACUUGAAGGCUGCCUUAAGUCAGAAUGAAAUUGCAGUUGGUGCAACACAGUUUUACUUUGAAAAUGGUACAUGGGAUAAAAUGCAUGUUUUAUCUUAAAAGCAGCCCUUUUCUAUCUACUUAAGCUAUCAAAUGUAUUUGUACCAUAUUGAACUGAAGGCACUGUUUGUAGUGCCAUUCAUACGCCUUACUUGUACAGAAGAUAAAAGAGUUAUGCUGUGGGAUGGAAAUAAAUCAUGUUAUGGAAUUAGCCAACACAA